CCAAGAGGAGGAAGAAGAAGAAAAAGAAGAAAGGAUGGAUUCGUAUUUUUGAGAAGGACUGCAGGAGACAAACAGUAACAAAAAAACCAACAGCGCUGGAAGGGAAAUAAAAGUGUCAGAGAGCCCUGACAGGCUGGAUAUGAGUUGAGGGGACAGACUGACCCGCCUUCAGUCCCCAUUUGCCAGCUUUAUCCCAGCGGAGACUUUCCCAGAGGAGAGGAGUGUGAAUACCCGCCCUCCAAAGACGGGCGCAGUGCAGCCUGGAGGACCUCCAGCGAGGAGAAGCGAGCUCUGGACUCGGCCAAUGAGGAGAUGUGGAGCGACUUCAGGCAGGCGGCGGAGGCCCACCGCCAGGUCCGCUCCUACGUGAGGAGCUGGAUCCAACCGGGCAUGACUAUGAUUGACAUCUGUGAGAAACUUGAGGCCUGCUCCAGGAGGCUCAUUCAGGACAACGGACUGAAGGCGGGCUUGGCUUUCCCCACCGGCUGCUCCAUCAACCACUGCGCCGCCCACUACACCCCCAACGCCGGAGACCCCACGGUGCUACGCUACGACGACGUCUGCAAAAUAGACUUUGGAACGCACGUCAACGGUCGAAUAAUCGAUUGUGCCUUCACCGUCACAUUCAACCCCAAAUAUGACAGACUGCUGGAGGCUGUCAGGGAUGCAACGGACACUGGGAUUAAGUUUGCGGGCAUCGACGUGCGCCUGUGUGACGUUGGCGAGACCAUCCAAGAGGUCAUGGAGUCUUACGAGGUGGAGAUAAAUGGCAAGACGUAUCAAGUGAAGCCAAUCAGGAACCUCAACGGCCACUCUAUUGGACAAUACAGGAUACACUCAGGGAAGACGGUGCCUAUCGUGAAAGGAGGAGAGGCUACACGGAUGGAGGAAGGCGAAACCUACGCCAUCGAGACUUUCGGCAGCACAGGACGCGGCGCCGUCCACGACGACAUGGAGUGCUCGCACUACAUGAAGAACUUCAACGUCGGACACGUGCCAAUAAGACUUCCGAGGGCCAAGCACCUUCUGAACGUGAUCAAUGAGAACUUCGGCACCUUGGCGUUCUGCCGCCGCUGGCUGGACCGGCUGGGCGAGAGCAAGUACCUGUUGGCGCUGAAGAACCUGUGCGACCUGGGUAUCGUGGACCCCUACCCGCCGCUGUGUGACAUCAAGGGCAGCUACACGGCCCAGUACGAACACACCAUCCUCCUCAGGCCCACCUGCAAGGAGGUGGUCAGUCGGGGAGACGACUAUUAGCUCACACCUGUCCACGAGGCUUAAUGACUACAGUCUGCCAGGACUUCCUGGAAUACAUUGUGCAAAAUGUCAGGCAUUCCUAUAGAGGGACCUAAAUGUUCCUAAAAUAUGUUAAUAUCUUGCAGAACACAUAUAGAGCAUGCAUUUCAUCUAUCAAAUUUAACUUAACACAUAUAGGUGUUACCCGCAUAGGUUUGUUUAUUCCAGAAAUUUGAUUCACAAGGUGAAACUAAUGCAAAACCCAAAACCAGUGAAGUUGUCACGUUGUGU